AUGAAGUGGCACCUACUAGCACUGACGGCCAUUGCACUGGUGUCGUGUGCAUCGGCUACAUCAAACUACGACGACGAUGGUGAAGAGCAAAUCGGCGAGCACGAGUACGACCAGAUGUUCAGCGACGCGACCAACUUCGACUUCGAGGAAGGCUCAGAGCACCAGCUGACUGCCGACGAGCAGAAAGAGGAGGACGAGGAGGUGGAGAAUUACAUCGCAAUGCACGCAGACGACCAGCAAGACUCGGCUGAUCAGGAGAGAACGCGAAGCGACAGCGACUUCGAUCUCAAUCUGGAGGACGCGGAUGCCGACGAGGAUGAUCGUGGCCGUGACGCUGCCGCGGCGGAUGAGAAGGAUAUGCAGUUUAGCGACGAGGAAGUGGAGAAGGCGAUCCAGAGCCUUGGGUUCGACGAUUAG